GCCGAGCCCAGCGGCCUCGUGCGGCAGCCCGCGCUGCUACACGAGCCCGGCAGCGACGCCGUCGGCCUGCCGCAGUGGGCCAGAUAUGUCAGCCCGGGCUCGGCGUCGAGGCCGCGGGCGGACGCCGGAGAGGAGGCCCCGGGCGGCGCCGCCGGGCGCCCCAGGCCGACCGCGAGCGGCGGGGGAGGCGGCCUCUCUGCCGUCUCGCGCGCUGAGGCCGCCCUGCCCGAGCCCAGCCGGUCGGCGGGCGAGGUCCAGCUGCAGGCCCUCGAGGCACGGCGCGCGGAGCUGCAGGGCAGGCUCGAGGCGGGCGCGCUGCGGGGCGAGAACGAGGCGCUGGAGGGCCAGGUGCUGCAGAUGCAGCAGGACCUCUUCGCGCUGCAGGACCGGAUCCGGGACCGCAAAGGCCGCUUCGGCGAACGGGCUGAGGCGCUGAGCCGCGCGCUGGAGGCGGAGCAAGCGGUGGCGCUGGAGGCCGAACGGCGGCUGGUCUGCACCGAGGACCUCAUGCGCUUCCACGAGGAACAGCGGCGGCUCAUGUCCGGGCACUGGCGGGCGCAGUGCGAGCUGAAGGACGAGCGAAUCAGGGCCCUGAACCUGCAGCUGACCGAGUACACCAUCGACUGGCAGCACCUCGGCGCGCAGCGGCAGACGGACGCCAGCCUCUCCCACGAGCUCCAGUGCCUGCAGGACCGCCACCGCGCGCUGGCGCGCGAGGCCGCCGCCUGCCAGGCCAGCCGCGAGGGCCUGGCGGCGAGGCUGCCGGAGGCGCGCGCCGCCGAGGCCGAGCUGCUGCGCGAGGAGGCCGCCGCCGAGGAGGCGGCCGCGUGCUCUCGCGCGGCGGGCUCCCGCGCGGAAGCGCGAGAGACGUCCGCAGGAGGCCGGGGCCGCCGCGCUGCGGGCCCAGCUGGCCCUUCUGGACUCGUGGGCGGCCCGGCCGCCGCGGCCACCGGCGGAGCUGGGCUCCGAGCACCAGUGCAUCUGGCGCGACGAGCUGGACGUGCGGGAGAGGCAGCUGAAGAAGAUCACCGCCCAGCUGGACCGCACCAGCAGCGCGCUGCACCUCGCGCAGUCGGCGCUUGCGAAGCAGACCGAGCGCCACGAGGAGAUGAAGGCCAGGCACCGCGAGGCCGAGUCGUCGCUGCGCGAGGGCGAGCGCCGCCGCGUGGCGUGGCGGCGGCAGGUCCUGGACCUGGACCGGGCGAGGCAGGACCUGCAGAGGGCGCUGGAGGAGCAGGCGCAGCGCUGCCAUGGCCCCGCGCCCGCCGCCCUGCGGCAGGGGCCCGCCGCGGCUUGCGGCGCCGACCUGCAGGC